AUGCAUGGAGGCGUGUUUGGGUCAUCCACAUGCAUGGAGGCGUGUUUGGGUCAUCCACAUGCAUGGAGGCGUGUUUGGGUCAUCCACAUGCAUGGAGGCGUGUUGGGGGUCAUCCACAUGCAUGGAGGCGUGUUUUGGGUUCAUCCACAUGCAUGGAGGCGUGUUUGGGUCAUCCACAUGCAUGGAGGCGUGUUUGGGUCAUCCACAUGCAUGGAGGCGUGUUUGGGUCAUCCACAUGCAUGGAGGCGUGUUUGGGUCAUCCACAUGCAUGGAGGCGUGUUUGGGUCAUCCACAUGCAUGGAGGCGUGUUUGGGUCAUCCACAUGCAUGGAGGCGUGUUUGGGUCAUCCACAUGCAUGGAGGCGUGUUUGGGUCAUCCCCAUGCAUGGAGGCGUGUUUGGGUCAUCCCCAUGCAUGGAGGCGUGUUUGGGUCAUCCACAUGCAUGGAGGCGUGUUUGGGUCAUCCACAUGCAUGGAGGCGUGUUUGGGUUUGGGUCAUCCCCAUGCAUGGAGGCGUGUUUGGGUCAUCCACAUGCAUGGAGGCGUGUUUGGGUCAUCCACAUGCAUGGAGGCGUGUUUGGGUCAUCCACAUGCAUGGAGGCGUGUUUGGGUCAUCCACAUGCAUGGAGGCGUGUUUGGGUCAUCCACAUGCAUGGAGGCGUGUUUGGGUCAUCCACAUGCAUGGAGGCGUGUUUGGGUCAUCCACAUGCAUGGAGGCGUGUUUGGGUCAUCCCCAUGCAUGGAGGCGUGUUUGGGUCAUCCACAUGCAUGGAGGCGUGUUUGGGUCAUCCACAUGCAUGGAGGCGUGUUUGGGUCAUCCCCAUGCAUGGAGGCGUGUUUGGGUCAUCCACAUGCAUGGAGGCGUGUUUGGGUCAUCCACAUGCAUGGAGGCGUGUUUGGGUCAUCCACAUGCAUGGAGGCGUGUUUGGGUCAUCCACAUGCAUGGAGGCGUGUUUGGGUCAUCCACAUGCAUGGAGGCGUGUUUGGGUCAUCCACAUGCAUGGAGGCGUGUUUGGGUCAUCCACAUGCAUGGAGGCGUGUUUGGGUCAUCCACAUGCAUGGAGGCGUGUUUGGGUCAUCCCAUGCAUGGAGGCGUUUUUGGGUCAUCCACAAUGGAGGGCGUGUUGGGUCAUCCACAUGCAUGGAGGCGUGUGUUUUGGGGUCAUCCACAUGCAUGGAGGCGUGUUUGGGUCAUCCACAUGCAUGGAGGCGUGUUUGGGUCAUCCCCAUGCAUGGAGGCGUGUUUGGGUCAUCCACAUGCAUGGAGGCGUGUGUUUGGGUGGGGGUCAUCCACAUGCAUGGAGGCGUGUUUGGGUCAUCCACAUGCAUGGAGGCGUGUUUGGGUCAUCCCCAUGCAUGGAGGCGUGUUUGGGUCAUCCACAUGCAUGGAGGCGUGUUUGGGUCAUCCACAUGCAUGGAGGCGUGUUUGGGUCAUCCACAUGCAUGGAGGCGUGUUUGGGUCAUCCACAUGCAUGGAGGCGUGUUUGGGUCAUCCACAUGCAUGGAGGCGUGUUUGGGUCAUCCACAUGCAUGGAGGCGUGUUUGGGUCAUCCACAUGCAUGGAGGCGUGUUUGGGUCAUCCACAUGCAUGGAGGCGUGUUUGGGUCAUCCACAUGCAUGGAGGCGUGUUUGGGUCAUCCACAUGCAUGGAGGCGUGUUUGGGUCAUCCCCAUGCAUGGAGGCGUGUUUGGGUCAUCCCCAUGCAUGGAGGCGUGUUUGGGUCAUCCCCAUGCAUGGAGGCGUGUUUGGGUCAUCCACAUGCAUGGAGGCGUGUUUGGGUCAUCCACAUGCAUGGAGGCGUGUUUGGGUCAUCCACAUGCAUGGAGGCGUGUUUGGGUCAUCCACAUGCAUGGAGGCGUGUUUGGGUCAUCCACAUGCAUGGAGGCGUGUUUGGGUCAUCCACAUGCAUGGAGGCGUGUUUGGGUCAUCCACAUGCAUGGAGGCGUGUUUGGGUCAUCCCCAUGCAUGGAGGCGUGUUUGGGUCAUCCACAUGCAUGGAGGCGUGUUUGGGUCAUCCACAUGCAUGGAGGCGUGUUUGGGUCAUCCACAUGCAUGGAGGCGUGUUUGGGUCAUCCACAUGCAUGGAGGCGUGUUUGGGUCAUCCCCAUGCAUGGAGGCGUGUUUGGGUCAUCCACAUGCAUGGAGGCGUGUUUGGGUCAUCCACAUGCAUGGAGGCGUGUUUGGGUCAUCCACAUGCAUGGAGGCGUGUUUGGGUCAUCCACAUGCAUGGAGGCGUGUUUGGGUCAUCCACAUGCAUGGAGGCGUGUUUGGGUCAUCCACAUGCAUGGAGGCGUGUUUGGGUCAUCCCCAUGCAUGGAGGCGUGUUUGGGUCAUCCACAUGCAUGGAGGCGUGUUUGGGUCAUCCACAUGCAUGGAGGCGUGUUUGGGUCAUCCACAUGCAUGGAGGCGUGUUUGGGUCAUCCACAUGCAUGGAGGCGUGUUUGGGUCAUCCACAUGCAUGGAGGCGUGUUUGGGUCAUCCACAUGCAUGGAGGCGUGUUUGGGUCAUCCACAUGCAUGGAGGCGUGUUUGGGUCAUCCACAUGCAUGGAGGCGUGUUUGGGUCAUCCACAUGCAUGGAGGCGUGUUUGGGUCAUCCACAUGCAUGGAGGCGUGUUUGGGUCAUCCACAUGCAUGGAGGCGUGUUUGGGUCAUCCACAUGCAUGGAGGCGUGUUUGGGUCAUCCACAUGCAUGGAGGCGUGUUUGGGUCAUCCACAUGCAUGGAGGCGUGUUUGGGUCAUCCACAUGCAUGGAGGCGUGUUUGGGUCAUCCACAUGCAUGGAGGCGUGUUUGGGUCAUCCACAUGCAUGGAGGCGUGUUUGGGUCAUCCCCAUGCAUGGAGGCGUGUUUGGGUCAUCCACAUGCAUGGAGGCGUGUUUGGGUCAUCCCCAUGCAUGGAGGCGUGUUUGGGUCAUCCACAUGCAUGGAGGCGUGUUUGGGUCAUCCACAUGCAUGGAGGCGUGUUUGGGUCAUCCACAUGCAUGGAGGCGUGUUUGGGUCAUCCCCAUGCAUGGAGGCGUGUUUGGGUCAUCCCCAUGCAUGGAGGCGUGUUUGGGUCAUCCACAUGCAUGGAGGCGUGUUUGGGUCAUCCACAUGCAUGGAGGCGUGUUUGGGUCAUCCACAUGCAUGGAGGCGUGUUUGGGUCAUCCACAUGCAUGGAGGCGUGUUUGGGUCAUCCACAUGCAUGGAGGCGUGUUUGGGUCAUCCACAUGCAUGGAGGCGUGUUUGGGUCAUCCCCAUGCAUGGAGGCGUGUUUGGGUCAUCCACAUGCAUGGAGGCGUGUUUGGGUCAUCCACAUGCAUGGAGGCGUGUUUGGGUCAUCCCCAUGCAUGGAGGCGUGUUUGGGUCAUCCACAUGCAUGGAGGCGUGUUUGGGUCAUCCACAUGCAUGGAGGCGUGUUUGGGUCAUCCCCAUGCAUGGAGGCGUGUUUGGGUCAUCCACAUGCAUGGAGGCGUGUUUGGGUCAUCCACAUGCAUGGAGGCGUGUUUGGGUCAUCCACAUGCAUGGAGGCGUGUUUGGGUCAUCCCCAUGCAUGGAGGCGUGUUUGGGUCAUCCACAUGCAUGGAGGCGUGUUUGGGUCAUCCACAUGCAUGGAGGCGUGUUUGGGUCAUCCACAUGCAUGGAGGCGUGUUUGGGUCAUCCACAUGCAUGGAGGCGUGUUUGGGUCAUCCCCAUGCAUGGAGGCGUGUUUGGGUCAUCCACAUGCAUGGAGGCGUGUUUGGGUCAUCCACAUGCAUGGAGGCGUGUUUGGGUCAUCCCCAUGCAUGGAGGCGUGUUUGGGUCAUCCACAUGCAUGGAGGCGUGUUUGGGUCAUCCACAUGCAUGGAGGCGUGUUUGGGUCAUCCACAUGCAUGGAGGCGUGUUUGGGUCAUCCACAUGCAUGGAGGCGUGUUUGGGUCAUCCACAUGCAUGGAGGCGUGUUUGGGUCAUCCCCAUGCAUGGAGGCGUGUUUGGGUCAUCCACAUGCAUGGAGGCGUGUUUGGGUCAUCCACAUGCAUGGAGGCGUGUUUGGGUCAUCCACAUGCAUGGAGGCGUGUUUGGGUCAUCCCCAUGCAUGGAGGCGUGUUUGGGUCAUCCACAUGCAUGGAGGCGUGUUUGGGUCAUCCACAUGCAUGGAGGCGUGUUUGGGUCAUCCACAUGCAUGGAGGCGUGUUUGGGUCAUCCACAUGCAUGGAGGCGUGUUUGGGUCAUCCCCAUGCAUGGAGGCGUGUUUGGGUCAUCCACAUGCAUGGAGGCGUGUUUGGGUCAUCCACAUGCAUGGAGGCGUGUUUGGGUCAUCCCCAUGCAUGGAGGCGUGUUUGGGUCAUCCCCAUGCAUGGAGGCGUGUUUGGGUCAUCCCCAUGCAUGGAGGCGUGUUUGGGUUUGGGUCAUCCACAUGCAUGGAGGCGUGUUUGGGUCAUCCCCAUGCAUGGAGGCGUGUUUGGGUCAUCCACAUGCAUGGAGGCGUGUUUGGGUCAUCCCCAUGCAUGGAGGCGUGUUUGGGUCAUCCCCAUGCAUGGAGGCGUGUUUGGGUCAUCCACAUGCAUGGAGGCGUGUUUGGGUCAUCCACAUGCAUGGAGGCGUGUUUGGGUCAUCCACAUGCAUGGAGGCGUGUUUGGGUCAUCCACAUGCAUGGAGGCGUGUUUGGGUCAUCCCCAUGCAUGGAGGCGUGUUUGGGUCAUCCCCAUGCAUGGAGGCGUGUUUGGGUCAUCCCCAUGCAUGGAGGCGUGUUUGGUCAUCCCAUGCAUGGAGGCGUGUUUGGGUCAUCCACAUGCAUGGAGGCGUGUUUGGGUCAUCCACAUGCAUGGAGGCGUGUUUGGGUCAUCCACAUGCAUGGAGGCGUGUUUGGGUCAUCCACAUGCAUGGAGGCGUGUUUGGGUCAUCCACAUGCAUGGAGGCGUGUUUGGGUCAUCCACAUGCAUGGAGGCGUGUUUGGGUCAUCCCCAUGCAUGGAGGCGUGUUUGGGUCAUCCACAUGCAUGGAGGCGUGUUUGGGUCAUCCACAUGCAUGGAGGCGUGUUUGGGUCAUCCACAUGCAUGGAGGCGUGUUUGGGUCAUCCACAUGCAUGGAGGCGUGUUUGGGUCAUCCACAUGCAUGGAGGCGUGUUUGGGUCAUCCCCAUGCAUGGAGGCGUGUUUGGGUCAUCCCCAUGCAUGGAGGCGUGUUUGGGUCAUCCACAUGCAUGGAGGCGUGUUUGGGUCAUCCCCAUGCAUGGAGGCGUGUUUGGGUCAUCCACAUGCAUGGAGGCGUGUUUGGGUCAUCCCCAUGCAUGGAGGCGUGUUUGGGUCAUCCACAUGCAUGGAGGCGUGUUUGGGUCAUCCCCAUGCAUGGAGGCGUGUUUGGGUCAUCCACAUGCAUGGAGGCGUGUUUGGGUCAUCCACAUGCAUGGAGGCGUGUUUGGGUCAUCCACAUGCAUGGAGGCGUGUUUGGGUCAUCCACAUGCAUGGAGGCGUGUUUGGGUCAUCCCCAUGCAUGGAGGCGUGUUUGGGUCAUCCCCAUGCAUGGAGGCGUGUUUGGGUCAUCCCCAUGCAUGGAGGCGUGUUUGGGUCAUCCACAUGCAUGGAGGCGUGUUUGGGUCAUCCACAUGCAUGGAGGCGUGUUUGGGUCAUCCACAUGCAUGGAGGCGUGUUUGGGUCAUCCACAUGCAUGGAGGCGUGUUUGGGUCAUCCACAUGCAUGGAGGCGUGUUUGGGUCAUCCACAUGCAUGGAGGCGUGUUUGGGUCAUCCACAUGCAUGGAGGCGUGUUUGGGUCAUCCACAUGCAUGGAGGCGUGUUUGGGUCAUCCACAUGCAUGGAGGCGUGUUUGGGUCAUCCACAUGCAUGGAGGCGUGUUUGGGUCAUCCACAUGCAUGGAGGCGUGUUUGGGUCAUCCACAUGCAUGGAGGCGUGUUUGGGUCAUCCACAUGCAUGGAGGCGUGUUUGGGUCAUCCACAUGCAUGGAGGCGUGUUUGGGUCAUCCACAUGCAUGGAGGCGUGUUUGGGUCAUCCACAUGCAUGGAGGCGUGUUUGGGUCAUCCACAUGCAUGGAGGCGUGUUUGGGUCAUCCCCAUGCAUGGAGGCGUGUUUGGGUCAUCCCCAUGCAUGGAGGCGUGUUUGGGUCAUCCACAUGCAUGGAGGCGUGUUUGGGUCAUCCCCAUGCAUGGAGGCGUGUUUGGGUCAUCCCCAUGCAUGGAGGCGUGUUUGGGUCAUCCACAUGCAUGGAGGCGUGUUUGGGUCAUCCACAUGCAUGGAGGCGUGUUUGGGUCAUCCCCAUGCAUGGAGGCGUGUUUGGGUCAUCCACAUGCAUGGAGGCGUGUUUGGGUCAUCCCCAUGCAUGGAGGCGUGUUUGGGUCAUCCCCAUGCAUGGAGGCGUGUUUGGGUCAUCCACAUGCAUGGAGGCGUGUUUGGGUCAUCCACAUGCAUGGAGGCGUGUUUGGGUCAUCCACAUGCAUGGAGGCGUGUUUGGGUCAUCCACAUGCAUGGAGGCGUGUUUGGGUCAUCCACAUGCAUGGAGGCGUGUUUGGGUCAUCCACAUGCAUGGAGGCGUGUUUGGGUCAUCCACAUGCAUGGAGGCGUGUUUGGGUCAUCCACAUGCAUGGAGGCGUGUUUGGGUCAUCCACAUGCAUGGAGGCGUGUUUGGGUCAUCCACAUGCAUGGAGGCGUGUUUGGGUCAUCCACAUGCAUGGAGGCGUGUUUGGGUCAUCCCCAUGCAUGGAGGCGUGUUUGGGUCAUCCACAUGCAUGGAGGCGUGUUUGGGUCAUCCACAUGCAUGGAGGCGUGUUUGGGUCAUCCACAUGCAUGGAGGCGUGUUUGGGUCAUCCACAUGCAUGGAGGCGUGUUUGGGUCAUCCACAUGCAUGGAGGCGUGUUUGGGUCAUCCACAUGCAUGGAGGCGUGUUUGGGUCAUCCACAUGCAUGGAGGCGUGUUUGGGUCAUCCACAUGCAUGGAGGCGUGUUUGGGUCAUCCACAUGCAUGGAGGCGUGUUUGGGUCAUCCACAUGCAUGGAGGCGUGUUUGGGUCAUCCACAUGCAUGGAGGCGUGUUUGGGUCAUCCACAUGCAUGGAGGCGUGUUUGGGUCAUCCACAUGCAUGGAGGCGUGUUUGGGUCAUCCCCAUGCAUGGAGGCGUGUUUGGGUCAUCCCCAUGCAUGGAGGCGUGUUUGGGUCAUCCACAUGCAUGGAGGCGUGUUUGGGUCAUCCACAUGCAUGGAGGCGUGUUUGGGUCAUCCACAUGCAUGGAGGCGUGUUUGGGUCAUCCACAUGCAUGGAGGCGUGUUUGGGUCAUCCACAUGCAUGGAGGCGUGUUUGGGUCAUCCACAUGCAUGGAGGCGUGUUUGGGUCAUCCACAUGCAUGGAGGCGUGUUUGGGUCAUCCACAUGCAUGGAGGCGUGUUUGGGUCAUCCCCAUGCAUGGAGGCGUGUUUGGGUCAUCCCCAUGCAUGGAGGCGUGUUUGGGUCAUCCCCAUGCAUGGAGGCGUGUUUGGGUCAUCCACAUGCAUGGAGGCGUGUUUGGGUCAUCCACAUGCAUGGAGGCGUGUUUGGGUCAUCCCCAUGCAUGGAGGCGUGUUUGGGUCAUCCACAUGCAUGGAGGCGUGUUUGGGUCAUCCACAUGCAUGGAGGCGUGUUUGGGUCAUCCACAUGCAUGGAGGCGUGUUUGGGUCAUCCACAUGCAUGGAGGCGUGUUUGGGUCAUCCACAUGCAUGGAGGCGUGUUUGGGUCAUCCACAUGCAUGGAGGCGUGUUUGGGUCAUCCCCAUGCAUGGAGGCGUGUUUGGGUCAUCCCCAUGCAUGGAGGCGUGUUUGGGUCAUCCACAUGCAUGGAGGCGUGUUUGGGUCAUCCCCAUGCAUGGAGGCGUGUUUGGGUCAUCCACAUGCAUGGAGGCGUGUUUGGGUCAUCCACAUGCAUGGAGGCGUGUUUGGGUCAUCCACAUGCAUGGAGGCGUGUUUGGGUCAUCCACAUGCAUGGAGGCGUGUUUGGGUCAUCCACAUGCAUGGAGGCGUGUUUGGGUCAUCCCCAUGCAUGGAGGCGUGUUUGGGUCAUCCCCAUGCAUGGAGGCGUGUUUGGGUCAUCCCCAUGCAUGGAGGCGUGUUUGGGUCAUCCCCAUGCAUGGAGGCGUGUUUGGGUCAUCCCCAUGCAUGGAGGCGUGUUUGGGUCAUCCCCAUGCAUGGAGGCGUGUUUGGGUCAUCCACAUGCAUGGAGGCGUGUUUGGGUCAUCCACAUGCAUGGAGGCGUGUUUGGGUCAUCCACAUGCAUGGAGGCGUGUUUGGGUCAUCCACAUGCAUGGAGGCGUGUUUGGGUCAUCCACAUGCAUGGAGGCGUGUUUGGGUCAUCCACAUGCAUGGAGGCGUGUUUGGGUCAUCCCCAUGCAUGGAGGCGUGUUUGGGUCAUCCCCAUGCAUGGAGGCGUGUUUGGGUCAUCCCCAUGCAUGGAGGCGUGUUUGGGUCAUCCACAUGCAUGGAGGCGUGUUUGGGUCAUCCCCAUGCAUGGAGGCGUGUUUGGGUCAUCCCCAUGCAUGGAGGCGUGUUUGGGUCAUCCCCAUGCAUGGAGGCGUGUUUGGGUCAUCCCCAUGCAUGGAGGCGUGUUUGGGUCAUCCACAUGCAUGGAGGCGUGUUUGGGUCAUCCCCAUGCAUGGAGGCGUGUUUGGGUCAUCCCCAUGCAUGGAGGCGUGUUUGGGUCAUCCCCAUGCAUGGAGGCGUGUUUGGGUCAUCCACAUGCAUGGAGGCGUGUUUGGGUCAUCCACAUGCAUGGAGGCGUGUUUGGGUCAUCCCCAUGCAUGGAGGCGUGUUUGGGUCAUCCCCAUGCAUGGAGGCGUGUUUGGGUCAUCCACAUGCAUGGAGGCGUGUUUGGGUCAUCCACAUGCAUGGAGGCGUGUUUGGGUCAUCCACAUGCAUGGAGGCGUGUUUGGGUCAUCCACAUGCAUGGAGGCGUGUUUGGGUCAUCCACAUGCAUGGAGGCGUGUUUGGGUCAUCCACAUGCAUGGAGGCGUGUUUGGGUCAUCCACAUGCAUGGAGGCGUGUUUGGGUCAUCCCCAUGCAUGGAGGCGUGUUUGGGUCAUCCACAUGCAUGGAGGCGUGUUUGGGUCAUCCACAUGCAUGGAGGCGUGUUUGGGUCAUCCACAUGCAUGGAGGCGUGUUUGGGUCAUCCACAUGCAUGGAGGCGUGUUUGGGUCAUCCACAUGCAUGGAGGCGUGUUUGGGUCAUCCACAUGCAUGGAGGCGUGUUUGGGUCAUCCACAUGCAUGGAGGCGUGUUUGGGUCAUCCACAUGCAUGGAGGCGUGUUUGGGUCAUCCACAUGCAUGGAGGCGUGUUUGGGUCAUCCCCAUGCAUGGAGGCGUGUUUGGGUCAUCCACAUGCAUGGAGGCGUGUUUGGGUCAUCCACAUGCAUGGAGGCGUGUUUGGGUCAUCCACAUGCAUGGAGGCGUGUUUGGGUCAUCCACAUGCAUGGAGGCGUGUUUGGGUCAUCCCCAUGCAUGGAGGCGUGUUUGGGUCAUCCCCAUGCAUGGAGGCGUGUUUGGGUCAUCCACAUGCAUGGAGGCGUGUUUGGGUCAUCCACAUGCAUGGAGGCGUGUUUGGGUCAUCCACAUGCAUGGAGGCGUGUUUGGGUCAUCCACAUGCAUGGAGGCGUGUUUGGGUCAUCCACAUGCAUGGAGGCGUGUUUGGGUCAUCCACAUGCAUGGAGGCGUGUUUGGGUCAUCCACAUGCAUGGAGGCGUGUUUGGGUCAUCCACAUGCAUGGAGGCGUGUUUGGGUCAUCCACAUGCAUGGAGGCGUGUUUGGGUCAUCCACAUGCAUGGAGGCGUGUUUGGGUCAUCCCCAUGCAUGGAGGCGUGUUUGGGUCAUCCACAUGCAUGGAGGCGUGUUUGGGUCAUCCACAUGCAUGGAGGCGUGUUUGGGUCAUCCACAUGCAUGGAGGCGUGUUUGGGUCAUCCACAUGCAUGGAGGCGUGUUUGGGUCAUCCCCAUGCAUGGAGGCGUGUUUGGGUCAUCCCCAUGCAUGGAGGCGUGUUUGGGUCAUCCACAUGCAUGGAGGCGUGUUUGGGUCAUCCACAUGCAUGGAGGCGUGUUUGGGUCAUCCCCAUGCAUGGAGGCGUGUUUGGGUCAUCCCCAUGCAUGGAGGCGUGUUUGGGCGUGUUUGGGUCAUCCACAUGCAUGGAGGCGUGUUUGGGUCAUCCCCAUGCAUGGAGGCGUGUUUGGGUCAUCCCCAUGCAUGGAGGCGUGUUUGGGUCAUCCACAUGCAUGGAGGCGUGUUUGGGUCAUCCCCAUGCAUGGAGGCGUGUUUGGGUCAUCCCCAUGCAUGGAGGCGUGUUUGGGUCAUCCACAUGCAUGGAGGCGUGUUUGGGUCAUCCACAUGCAUGGAGGCGUGUUUGGGUCAUCCCCAUGCAUGGAGGCGUGUUUGGGUCAUCCCCAUGCAUGGAGGCGUGUUUGGGUCAUCCACAUGCAUGGAGGCGUGUUUGGGUCAUCCCCAUGCAUGGAGGCGUGUUUGGGUCAUCCACAUGCAUGGAGGCGUGUUUGGGUCAUCCACAUGCAUGGAGGCGUGUUUGGGUCAUCCACAUGCAUGGAGGCGUGUUUGGGUCAUCCCCAUGCAUGGAGGCGUGUUUGGGUCAUCCACAUGCAUGGAGGCGUGUUUGGGUCAUCCACAUGCAUGGAGGCGUGUUUGGGUCAUCCACAUGCAUGGAGGCGUGUUUGGGUCAUCCACAUGCAUGGAGGCGUGUUUGGGUCAUCCACAUGCAUGGAGGCGUGUUUGGGUCAUCCACAUGCAUGGAGGCGUGUUUGGGUCAUCCACAUGCAUGGAGGCGUGUUUGGGUCAUCCACAUGCAUGGAGGCGUGUUUGGGUCAUCCACAUGCAUGGAGGCGUGUUUGGGUCAUCCACAUGCAUGGAGGCGUGUUUGGGUCAUCCACAUGCAUGGAGGCGUGUUUGGGUCAUCCACAUGCAUGGAGGCGUGUUUGGGUCAUCCACAUGCAUGGAGGCGUGUUUGGGUCAUCCACAUGCAUGGAGGCGUGUUUGGGUCAUCCACAUGCAUGGAGGCGUGUUUGGGUCAUCCACAUGCAUGGAGGCGUGUUUGGGUCAUCCACAUGCAUGGAGGCGUGUUUGGGUCAUCCACAUGCAUGGAGGCGUGUUUGGGUCAUCCACAUGCAUGGAGGCGUGUUUGGGUCAUCCACAUGCAUGGAGGCGUGUUUGGGUCAUCCACAUGCAUGGAGGCGUGUUUGGGUCAUCCACAUGCAUGGAGGCGUGUUUGGGUCAUCCACAUGCAUGGAGGCGUGUUUGGGUCAUCCACAUGCAUGGAGGCGUGUUUGGGUCAUCCACAUGCAUGGAGGCGUGUUUGGGUCAUCCACAUGCAUGGAGGCGUGUUUGGGUCAUCCACAUGCAUGGAGGCGUGUUUGGGUCAUCCACAUGCAUGGAGGCGUGUUUGGGUCAUCCACAUGCAUGGAGGCGUGUUUGGGUCAUCCACAUGCAUGGAGGCGUGUUUGGGUCAUCCACAUGCAUGGAGGCGUGUUUGGGUCAUCCCCAUGCAUGGAGGCGUGUUUGGGUCAUCCCCAUGCAUGGAGGCGUGUUUGGGUCAUCCCCAUGCAUGGAGGCGUGUUUGGGUCAUCCCCAUGCAUGGAGGCGUGUUUGGGUCAUCCCCAUGCAUGGAGGCGUGUUUGGGUCAUCCCCAUGCAUGGAGGCGUGUUUGGGUCAUCCACAUGCAUGGAGGCGUGUUUGGGUCAUCCACAUGCAUGGAGGCGUGUUUGGGUCAUCCACAUGCAUGGAGGCGUGUUUGGGUCAUCCCCAUGCAUGGAGGCGUGUUUGGGUCAUCCACAUGCAUGGAGGCGUGUUUGGGUCAUCCACAUGCAUGGAGGCGUGUUUGGGUCAUCCACAUGCAUGGAGGCGUGUUUGGGUCAUCCACAUGCAUGGAGGCGUGUUUGGGUCAUCCCCAUGCAUGGAGGCGUGUUUGGGUCAUCCCCAUGCAUGGAGGCGUGUUUGGGUCAUCCCCAUGCAUGGAGGCGUGUUUGGGUCAUCCCCAUGCAUGGAGGCGUGUUUGGGUCAUCCCCAUGCAUGGAGGCGUGUUUGGGUCAUCCACAUGCAUGGAGGCGUGUUUGGGUCAUCCCCAUGCAUGGAGGCGUGUUUGGGUCAUCCCCAUGCAUGGAGGCGUGUUUGGGUCAUCCCCAUGCAUGGAGGCGUGUUUGGGUCAUCCACAUGCAUGGAGGCGUGUUUGGGUCAUCCACAUGCAUGGAGGCGUGUUUGGGUCAUCCACAUGCAUGGAGGCGUGUUUGGGUCAUCCACAUGCAUGGAGGCGUGUUUGGGUCAUCCACAUGCAUGGAGGCGUGUUUGGGUCAUCCCCAUGCAUGGAGGCGUGUUUGGGUCAUCCACAUGCAUGGAGGCGUGUUUGGGUCAUCCACAUGCAUGGAGGCGUGUUUGGGUCAUCCACAUGCAUGGAGGCGUGUUUGGGUCAUCCACAUGCAUGGAGGCGUGUUUGGGUCAUCCACAUGCAUGGAGGCGUGUUUGGGUCAUCCACAUGCAUGGAGGCGUGUUUGGGUCAUCCCCAUGCAUGGAGGCGUGUUUGGGUCAUCCCCAUGCAUGGAGGCGUGUUUGGGUCAUCCCCAUGCAUGGAGGCGUGUUUGGGUCAUCCACAUGCAUGGAGGCGUGUUUGGGUCAUCCACAUGCAUGGAGGCGUGUUUGGGUCAUCCACAUGCAUGGAGGCGUGUUUGGGUCAUCCACAUGCAUGGAGGCGUGUUUGGGUCAUCCACAUGCAUGGAGGCGUGUUUGGGUCAUCCACAUGCAUGGAGGCGUGUUUGGGUCAUCCACAUGCAUGGAGGCGUGUUUGGGUCAUCCACAUGCAUGGAGGCGUGUUUGGGUCAUCCACAUGCAUGGAGGCGUGUUUGGGUCAUCCACAUGCAUGGAGGCGUGUUUGGGUCAUCCACAUGCAUGGAGGCGUGUUUGGGUCAUCCACAUGCAUGGAGGCGUGUUUGGGUCAUCCCCAUGCAUGGAGGCGUGUUUGGGUCAUCCCCAUGCAUGGAGGCGUGUUUGGGUCAUCCCCAUGCAUGGAGGCGUGUUUGGGUCAUCCCCAUGCAUGGAGGCGUGUUUGGGUCAUCCACAUGCAUGGAGGCGUGUUUGGGUCAUCCACAUGCAUGGAGGCGUGUUUGGGUCAUCCACAUGCAUGGAGGCGUGUUUGGGUCAUCCACAUGCAUGGAGGCGUGUUUGGGUCAUCCACAUGCAUGGAGGCGUGUUUGGGUCAUCCACAUGCAUGGAGGCGUGUUUGGGUCAUCCCCAUGCAUGGAGGCGUGUUUGGGUCAUCCACAUGCAUGGAGGCGUGUUUGGGUCAUCCACAUGCAUGGAGGCGUGUUUGGGUCAUCCACAUGCAUGGAGGCGUGUUUGGGUCAUCCACAUGCAUGGAGGCGUGUUUGGGUCAUCCACAUGCAUGGAGGCGUGUUUGGGUCAUCCACAUGCAUGGAGGCGUGUUUGGGUCAUCCACAUGCAUGGAGGCGUGUUUGGGUCAUCCACAUGCAUGGAGGCGUGUUUGGGUCAUCCACAUGCAUGGAGGCGUGUUUGGGUCAUCCCCAUGCAUGGAGGCGUGUUUGGGUCAUCCCCAUGCAUGGAGGCGUGUUUGGGUCAUCCCCAUGCAUGGAGGCGUGUUUGGGUCAUCCCCAUGCAUGGAGGCGUGUUUGGGUCAUCCCCAUGCAUGGAGGCGUGUUUGGGUCAUCCACAUGCAUGGAGGCGUGUUUGGGUCAUCCACAUGCAUGGAGGCGUGUUUGGGUCAUCCACAUGCAUGGAGGCGUGUUUGGGUCAUCCCCAUGCAUGGAGGCGUGUUUGGGUCAUCCACAUGCAUGGAGGCGUGUUUGGGUCAUCCACAUGCAUGGAGGCGUGUUUGGGUCAUCCACAUGCAUGGAGGCGUGUUUGGGUCAUCCACAUGCAUGGAGGCGUGUUUGGGUCAUCCACAUGCAUGGAGGCGUGUUUGGGUCAUCCACAUGCAUGGAGGCGUGUUUGGGUCAUCCCCAUGCAUGGAGGCGUGUUUGGGUCAUCCCCAUGCAUGGAGGCGUGUUUGGGUCAUCCCCAUGCAUGGAGGCGUGUUUGGGUCAUCCACAUGCAUGGAGGCGUGUUUGGGUCAUCCACAUGCAUGGAGGCGUGUUUGGGUCAUCCACAUGCAUGGAGGCGUGUUUGGGUCAUCCACAUGCAUGGAGGCGUGUUUGGGUCAUCCACAUGCAUGGAGGCGUGUUUGGGUCAUCCACAUGCAUGGAGGCGUGUUUGGGUCAUCCACAUGCAUGGAGGCGUGUUUGGGUCAUCCACAUGCAUGGAGGCGUGUUUGGGUCAUCCACAUGCAUGGAGGCGUGUUUGGGUCAUCCACAUGCAUGGAGGCGUGUUUGGGUCAUCCACAUGCAUGGAGGCGUGUUUGGGUCAUCCACAUGCAUGGAGGCGUGUUUGGGUCAUCCCCAUGCAUGGAGGCGUGUUUGGGUCAUCCCCAUGCAUGGAGGCGUGUUUGGGUCAUCCCCAUGCAUGGAGGCGUGUUUGGGUCAUCCCCAUGCAUGGAGGCGUGUUUGGGUCAUCCACAUGCAUGGAGGCGUGUUUGGGUCAUCCACAUGCAUGGAGGCGUGUUUGGGUCAUCCACAUGCAUGGAGGCGUGUUUGGGUCAUCCACAUGCAUGGAGGCGUGUUUGGGUCAUCCACAUGCAUGGAGGCGUGUUUGGGUCAUCCACAUGCAUGGAGGCGUGUUUGGGUCAUCCCCAUGCAUGGAGGCGUGUUUGGGUCAUCCACAUGCAUGGAGGCGUGUUUGGGUCAUCCACAUGCAUGGAGGCGUGUUUGGGUCAUCCACAUGCAUGGAGGCGUGUUUGGGUCAUCCACAUGCAUGGAGGCGUGUUUGGGUCAUCCACAUGCAUGGAGGCGUGUUUGGGUCAUCCACAUGCAUGGAGGCGUGUUUGGGUCAUCCACAUGCAUGGAGGCGUGUUUGGGUCAUCCACAUGCAUGGAGGCGUGUUUGGGUCAUCCACAUGCAUGGAGGCGUGUUUGGGUCAUCCCCAUGCAUGGAGGCGUGUUUGGGUCAUCCCCAUGCAUGGAGGCGUGUUUGGGUCAUCCCCAUGCAUGGAGGCGUGUUUGGGUCAUCCACAUGCAUGGAGGCGUGUUUGGGUCAUCCACAUGCAUGGAGGCGUGUUUGGGUCAUCCCCAUGCAUGGAGGCGUGUUUGGGUCAUCCCCAUGCAUGGAGGCGUGUUUGGGUCAUCCCCAUGCAUGGAGGCGUGUUUGGGUCAUCCCCAUGCAUGGAGGCGUGUUUGGGUCAUCCACAUGCAUGGAGGCGUGUUUGGGUCAUCCACAUGCAUGGAGGCGUGUUUGGGUCAUCCACAUGCAUGGAGGCGUGUUUGGGUCAUCCACAUGCAUGGAGGCGUGUUUGGGUCAUCCACAUGCAUGGAGGCGUGUUUGGGUCAUCCCCAUGCAUGGAGGCGUGUUUGGGUCAUCCACAUGCAUGGAGGCGUGUUUGGGUCAUCCACAUGCAUGGAGGCGUGUUUGGGUCAUCCACAUGCAUGGAGGCGUGUUUGGGUCAUCCACAUGCAUGGAGGCGUGUUUGGGUCAUCCACAUGCAUGGAGGCGUGUUUGGGUCAUCCACAUGCAUGGAGGCGUGUUUGGGUCAUCCACAUGCAUGGAGGCGUGUUUGGGUCAUCCACAUGCAUGGAGGCGUGUUUGGGUCAUCCACAUGCAUGGAGGCGUGUUUGGGUCAUCCACAUGCAUGGAGGCGUGUUUGGGUCAUCCACAUGCAUGGAGGCGUGUUUGGGUCAUCCACAUGCAUGGAGGCGUGUUUGGGUCAUCCACAUGCAUGGAGGCGUGUUUGGGUCAUCCACAUGCAUGGAGGCGUGUUUGGGUCAUCCACAUGCAUGGAGGCGUGUUUGGGUCAUCCACAUGCAUGGAGGCGUGUUUGGGUCAUCCACAUGCAUGGAGGCGUGUUUGGGUCAUCCACAUGCAUGGAGGCGUGUUUGGGUCAUCCACAUGCAUGGAGGCGUGUUUGGGUCAUCCACAUGCAUGGAGGCGUGUUUGGGUCAUCCACAUGCAUGGAGGCGUGUUUGGGUCAUCCACAUGCAUGGAGGCGUGUUUGGGUCAUCCACAUGCAUGGAGGCGUGUUUGGGUCAUCCACAUGCAUGGAGGCGUGUUUGGGUCAUCCACAUGCAUGGAGGCGUGUUUGGGUCAUCCACAUGCAUGGAGGCGUGUUUGGGUCAUCCACAUGCAUGGAGGCGUGUUUGGGUCAUCCACAUGCAUGGAGGCGUGUUUGGGUCAUCCACAUGCAUGGAGGCGUGUUUGGGUCAUCCACAUGCAUGGAGGCGUGUUUGGGUCAUCCACAUGCAUGGAGGCGUGUUUGGGUCAUCCACAUGCAUGGAGGCGUGUUUGGGUCAUCCACAUGCAUGGAGGCGUGUUUGGGUCAUCCACAUGCAUGGAGGCGUGUUUGGGUCAUCCACAUGCAUGGAGGCGUGUUUGGGUCAUCCACAUGCAUGGAGGCGUGUUUGGGUCAUCCACAUGCAUGGAGGCGUGUUUGGGUCAUCCACAUGCAUGGAGGCGUGUUUGGGUCAUCCACAUGCAUGGAGGCGUGUUUGGGUCAUCCACAUGCAUGGAGGCGUGUUUGGGUCAUCCACAUGCAUGGAGGCGUGUUUGGGUCAUCCACAUGCAUGGAGGCGUGUUUGGGUCAUCCACAUGCAUGGAGGCGUGUUUGGGUCAUCCACAUGCAUGGAGGCGUGUUUGGGUCAUCCACAUGCAUGGAGGCGUGUUUGGGUCAUCCACAUGCAUGGAGGCGUGUUUGGGUCAUCCACAUGCAUGGAGGCGUGUUUGGGUCAUCCACAUGCAUGGAGGCGUGUUUGGGUCAUCCACAUGCAUGGAGGCGUGUUUGGGUCAUCCACAUGCAUGGAGGCGUGUUUGGGUCAUCCACAUGCAUGGAGGCGUGUUUGGGUCAUCCACAUGCAUGGAGGCGUGUUUGGGUCAUCCACAUGCAUGGAGGCGUGUUUGGGUCAUCCACAUGCAUGGAGGCGUGUUUGGGUCAUCCACAUGCAUGGAGGCGUGUUUGGGUCAUCCACAUGCAUGGAGGCGUGUUUGGGUCAUCCACAUGCAUGGAGGCGUGUUUGGGUCAUCCACAUGCAUGGAGGCGUGUUUGGGUCAUCCACAUGCAUGGAGGCGUGUUUGGGUCAUCCCCAUGCAUGGAGGCGUGUUUGGGUCAUCCCCAUGCAUGGAGGCGUGUUUGGGUCAUCCACAUGCAUGGAGGCGUGUUUGGGUCAUCCCCAUGCAUGGAGGCGUGUUUGGGUCAUCCACAUGCAUGGAGGCGUGUUUGGGUCAUCCACAUGCAUGGAGGCGUGUUUGGGUCAUCCACAUGCAUGGAGGCGUGUUUGGGUCAUCCACAUGCAUGGAGGCGUGUUUGGGUCAUCCACAUGCAUGGAGGCGUGUUUGGGUCAUCCACAUGCAUGGAGGCGUGUUUGGGUCAUCCACAUGCAUGGAGGCGUGUUUGGGUCAUCCACAUGCAUGGAGGCGUGUUUGGGUCAUCCCCAUGCAUGGAGGCGUGUUUGGGUCAUCCCCAUGCAUGGAGGCGUGUUUGGGUCAUCCCCAUGCAUGGAGGCGUGUUUGGGUCAUCCCCAUGCAUGGAGGCGUGUUUGGGUCAUCCACAUGCAUGGAGGCGUGUUUGGGUCAUCCACAUGCAUGGAGGCGUGUUUGGGUCAUCCACAUGCAUGGAGGCGUGUUUGGGUCAUCCCCAUGCAUGGAGGCGUGUUUGGGUCAUCCACAUGCAUGGAGGCGUGUUUGGGUCAUCCACAUGCAUGGAGGCGUGUUUGGGUCAUCCACAUGCAUGGAGGCGUGUUUGGGUCAUCCACAUGCAUGGAGGCGUGUUUGGGUCAUCCACAUGCAUGGAGGCGUGUUUGGGUCAUCCACAUGCAUGGAGGCGUGUUUGGGUCAUCCACAUGCAUGGAGGCGUGUUUGGGUCAUCCCCAUGCAUGGAGGCGUGUUUGGGUCAUCCCCAUGCAUGGAGGCGUGUUUGGGUCAUCCACAUGCAUGGAGGCGUGUUUGGGUCAUCCCCAUGCAUGGAGGCGUGUUUGGGUCAUCCACAUGCAUGGAGGCGUGUUUGGGUCAUCCACAUGCAUGGAGGCGUGUUUGGGUCAUCCACAUGCAUGGAGGCGUGUUUGGGUCAUCCACAUGCAUGGAGGCGUGUUUGGGUCAUCCACAUGCAUGGAGGCGUGUUUGGGUCAUCCACAUGCAUGGAGGCGUGUUUGGGUCAUCCACAUGCAUGGAGGCGUGUUUGGGUCAUCCACAUGCAUGGAGGCGUGUUUGGGUCAUCCCCAUGCAUGGAGGCGUGUUUGGGUCAUCCCCAUGCAUGGAGGCGUGUUUGGGUCAUCCCCAUGCAUGGAGGCGUGUUUGGGUCAUCCCCAUGCAUGGAGGCGUGUUUGGGUCAUCCACAUGCAUGGAGGCGUGUUUGGGUCAUCCACAUGCAUGGAGGCGUGUUUGGGUCAUCCACAUGCAUGGAGGCGUGUUUGGGUCAUCCCCAUGCAUGGAGGCGUGUUUGGGUCAUCCCCAUGCAUGGAGGCGUGUUUGGGUCAUCCCCAUGCAUGGAGGCGUGUUUGGGUCAUCCACAUGCAUGGAGGCGUGUUUGGGUCAUCCACAUGCAUGGAGGCGUGUUUGGGUCAUCCACAUGCAUGGAGGCGUGUUUGGGUCAUCCACAUGCAUGGAGGCGUGUUUGGGUCAUCCCCAUGCAUGGAGGCGUGUUUGGGUCAUCCCCAUGCAUGGAGGCGUGUUUGGGUCAUCCCCAUGCAUGGAGGCGUGUUUGGGUCAUCCACAUGCAUGGAGGCGUGUUUGGGUCAUCCCCAUGCAUGGAGGCGUGUUUGGGUCAUCCACAUGCAUGGAGGCGUGUUUGGGUCAUCCACAUGCAUGGAGGCGUGUUUGGGUCAUCCCCAUGCAUGGAGGCGUGUUUGGGUCAUCCACAUGCAUGGAGGCGUGUUUGGGUCAUCCACAUGCAUGGAGGCGUGUUUGGGUCAUCCACAUGCAUGGAGGCGUGUUUGGGUCAUCCACAUGCAUGGAGGCGUGUUUGGGUCAUCCCCAUGCAUGGAGGCGUGUUUGGGUCAUCCCCAUGCAUGGAGGCGUGUUUGGGUCAUCCCCAUGCAUGGAGGCGUGUUUGGGUCAUCCACAUGCAUGGAGGCGUGUUUGGGUCAUCCCCAUGCAUGGAGGCGUGUUUGGGUCAUCCCCAUGCAUGGAGGCGUGUUUGGGUCAUCCCCAUGCAUGGAGGCGUGUUUGGGUCAUCCACAUGCAUGGAGGCGUGUUUGGGUCAUCCACAUGCAUGGAGGCGUGUUUGGGUCAUCCACAUGCAUGGAGGCGUGUUUGGGUCAUCCCCAUGCAUGGAGGCGUGUUUGGGUCAUCCCCAUGCAUGGAGGCGUGUUUGGGUCAUCCACAUGCAUGGAGGCGUGUUUGGGUCAUCCCCAUGCAUGGAGGCGUGUUUGGGUCAUCCCCAUGCAUGGAGGCGUGUUUGGGUCAUCCCCAUGCAUGGAGGCGUGUUUGGGUCAUCCCCAUGCAUGGAGGCGUGUUUGGGUCAUCCACAUGCAUGGAGGCGUGUUUGGGUCAUCCACAUGCAUGGAGGCGUGUUUGGGUCAUCCCCAUGCAUGGAGGCGUGUUUGGGUCAUCCCCAUGCAUGGAGGCGUGUUUGGGUCAUCCACAUGCAUGGAGGCGUGUUUGGGUCAUCCACAUGCAUGGAGGCGUGUUUGGGUCAUCCCCAUGCAUGGAGGCGUGUUUGGGUCAUCCCCAUGCAUGGAGGCGUGUUUGGGUCAUCCCCAUGCAUGGAGGCGUGUUUGGGUCAUCCCCAUGCAUGGAGGCGUGUUUGGGUCAUCCACAUGCAUGGAGGCGUGUUUGGGUCAUCCACAUGCAUGGAGGCGUGUUUGGGUCAUCCACAUGCAUGGAGGCGUGUUUGGGUCAUCCCCAUGCAUGGAGGCGUGUUUGGGUCAUCCCCAUGCAUGGAGGCGUGUUUGGGUCAUCCCCAUGCAUGGAGGCGUGUUUGGGUCAUCCACAUGCAUGGAGGCGUGUUUGGGUCAUCCACAUGCAUGGAGGCGUGUUUGGGUCAUCCACAUGCAUGGAGGCGUGUUUGGGUCAUCCACAUGCAUGGAGGCGUGUUUGGGUCAUCCCCAUGCAUGGAGGCGUGUUUGGGUCAUCCCCAUGCAUGGAGGCGUGUUUGGGUCAUCCACAUGCAUGGAGGCGUGUUUGGGUCAUCCACAUGCAUGGAGGCGUGUUUGGGUCAUCCACAUGCAUGGAGGCGUGUUUGGGUCAUCCCCAUGCAUGGAGGCGUGUUUGGGUCAUCCCCAUGCAUGGAGGCGUGUUUGGGUCAUCCCCAUGCAUGGAGGCGUGUUUGGGUCAUCCCCAUGCAUGGAGGCGUGUUUGGGUCAUCCACAUGCAUGGAGGCGUGUUUGGGUCAUCCACAUGCAUGGAGGCGUGUUUGGGUCAUCCACAUGCAUGGAGGCGUGUUUGGGUCAUCCCCAUGCAUGGAGGCGUGUUUGGGUCAUCCCCAUGCAUGGAGGCGUGUUUGGGUCAUCCCCAUGCAUGGAGGCGUGUUUGGGUCAUCCACAUGCAUGGAGGCGUGUUUGGGUCAUCCACAUGCAUGGAGGCGUGUUUGGGUCAUCCACAUGCAUGGAGGCGUGUUUGGGUCAUCCACAUGCAUGGAGGCGUGUUUGGGUCAUCCCCAUGCAUGGAGGCGUGUUUGGGUCAUCCCCAUGCAUGGAGGCGUGUUUGGGUCAUCCCCAUGCAUGGAGGCGUGUUUGGGUCAUCCACAUGCAUGGAGGCGUGUUUGGGUCAUCCCCAUGCAUGGAGGCGUGUUUGGGUCAUCCCCAUGCAUGGAGGCGUGUUUGGGUCAUCCCCAUGCAUGGAGGCGUGUUUGGGUCAUCCACAUGCAUGGAGGCGUGUUUGGGUCAUCCACAUGCAUGGAGGCGUGUUUGGGUCAUCCACAUGCAUGGAGGCGUGUUUGGGUCAUCCCCAUGCAUGGAGGCGUGUUUGGGUCAUCCCCAUGCAUGGAGGCGUGUUUGGGUCAUCCACAUGCAUGGAGGCGUGUUUGGGUCAUCCCCAUGCAUGGAGGCGUGUUUGGGUCAUCCCCAUGCAUGGAGGCGUGUUUGGGUCAUCCCCAUGCAUGGAGGCGUGUUUGGGUCAUCCCCAUGCAUGGAGGCGUGUUUGGGUCAUCCACAUGCAUGGAGGCGUGUUUGGGUCAUCCACAUGCAUGGAGGCGUGUUUGGGUCAUCCCCAUGCAUGGAGGCGUGUUUGGGUCAUCCCCAUGCAUGGAGGCGUGUUUGGGUCAUCCACAUGCAUGGAGGCGUGUUUGGGUCAUCCACAUGCAUGGAGGCGUGUUUGGGUCAUCCCCAUGCAUGGAGGCGUGUUUGGGUCAUCCCCAUGCAUGGAGGCGUGUUUGGGUCAUCCCCAUGCAUGGAGGCGUGUUUGGGUCAUCCCCAUGCAUGGAGGCGUGUUUGGGUCAUCCACAUGCAUGGAGGCGUGUUUGGGUCAUCCACAUGCAUGGAGGCGUGUUUGGGUCAUCCACAUGCAUGGAGGCGUGUUUGGGUCAUCCCCAUGCAUGGAGGCGUGUUUGGGUCAUCCCCAUGCAUGGAGGCGUGUUUGGGUCAUCCCCAUGCAUGGAGGCGUGUUUGGGUCAUCCACAUGCAUGGAGGCGUGUUUGGGUCAUCCACAUGCAUGGAGGCGUGUUUGGGUCAUCCACAUGCAUGGAGGCGUGUUUGGGUCAUCCACAUGCAUGGAGGCGUGUUUGGGUCAUCCCCAUGCAUGGAGGCGUGUUUGGGUCAUCCCCAUGCAUGGAGGCGUGUUUGGGUCAUCCCCAUGCAUGGAGGCGUGUUUGGGUCAUCCACAUGCAUGGAGGCGUGUUUGGGUCAUCCCCAUGCAUGGAGGCGUGUUUGGGUCAUCCACAUGCAUGGAGGCGUGUUUGGGUCAUCCCCAUGCAUGGAGGCGUGUUUGGGUCAUCCACAUGCAUGGAGGCGUGUUUGGGUCAUCCCCAUGCAUGGAGGCGUGUUUGGGUCAUCCACAUGCAUGGAGGCGUGUUUGGGUCAUCCACAUGCAUGGAGGCGUGUUUGGGUCAUCCCCAUGCAUGGAGGCGUGUUUGGGUCAUCCCCAUGCAUGGAGGCGUGUUUGGGUCAUCCCCAUGCAUGGAGGCGUGUUUGGGUCAUCCACAUGCAUGGAGGCGUGUUUGGGUCAUCCACAUGCAUGGAGGCGUGUUUGGGUCAUCCACAUGCAUGGAGGCGUGUUUGGGUCAUCCACAUGCAUGGAGGCGUGUUUGGGUCAGCACAUGCAUGGAGGCGUGUUUGGGUCAUCCACAUGCAUGGAGGCGUGUUUGGGUCAUCCACAUGCAUGGAGGCGUGUUUGGGUCAUCCACAUGCAUGGAGGCGUGUUUGGGUCAUCCCCAUGCAUGGAGGCGUGUUUGGGUCAUCCCCAUGCAUGGAGGCGUGUUUGGGUCAUCCCCAUGCAUGGAGGCGUGUUUGGGUCAUCCCCAUGCAUGGAGGCGUGUUUGGGUCAUCCACAUGCAUGGAGGCGUGUUUGGGUCAUCCACAUGCAUGGAGGCGUGUUUGGGUCAUCCACAUGCAUGGAGGCGUGUUUGGGUCAUCCCCAUGCAUGGAGGCGUGUUUGGGUCAUCCCCAUGCAUGGAGGCGUGUUUGGGUCAUCCCCAUGCAUGGAGGCGUGUUUGGGUCAUCCCCAUGCAUGGAGGCGUGUUUGGGUCAUCCACAUGCAUGGAGGCGUGUUUGGGUCAUCCACAUGCAUGGAGGCGUGUUUGGGUCAUCCACAUGCAUGGAGGCGUGUUUGGGUCAUCCCCAUGCAUGGAGGCGUGUUUGGGUCAUCCCCAUGCAUGGAGGCGUGUUUGGGUCAUCCCCAUGCAUGGAGGCGUGUUUGGGUCAUCCACAUGCAUGGAGGCGUGUUUGGGUCAUCCACAUGCAUGGAGGCGUGUUUGGGUCAUCCACAUGCAUGGAGGCGUGUUUGGGUCAUCCACAUGCAUGGAGGCGUGUUUGGGUCAUCCCCAUGCAUGGAGGCGUGUUUGGGUCAUCCACAUGCAUGGAGGCGUGUUUGGGUCAUCCACAUGCAUGGAGGCGUGUUUGGGUCAUCCCCAUGCAUGGAGGCGUGUUUGGGUCAUCCCCAUGCAUGGAGGCGUGUUUGGGUCAUCCACAUGCAUGGAGGCGUGUUUGGGUCAUCCACAUGCAUGGAGGCGUGUUUGGGUCAUCCACAUGCAUGGAGGCGUGUUUGGGUCAUCCACAUGCAUGGAGGCGUGUUUGGGUCAUCCCCAUGCAUGGAGGCGUGUUUGGGUCAUCCCCAUGCAUGGAGGCGUGUUUGGGUCAUCCCCAUGCAUGGAGGCGUGUUUGGGUCAUCCCCAUGCAUGGAGGCGUGUUUGGGUCAUCCACAUGCAUGGAGGCGUGUUUGGGUCAUCCACAUGCAUGGAGGCGUGUUUGGGUCAUCCACAUGCAUGGAGGCGUGUUUGGGUCAUCCCCAUGCAUGGAGGCGUGUUUGGGUCAUCCCCAUGCAUGGAGGCGUGUUUGGGUCAUCCCCAUGCAUGGAGGCGUGUUUGGGUCAUCCACAUGCAUGGAGGCGUGUUUGGGUCAUCCACAUGCAUGGAGGCGUGUUUGGGUCAUCCACAUGCAUGGAGGCGUGUUUGGGUCAUCCACAUGCAUGGAGGCGUGUUUGGGUCAUCCCCAUGCAUGGAGGCGUGUUUGGGUCAUCCCCAUGCAUGGAGGCGUGUUUGGGUCAUCCCCAUGCAUGGAGGCGUGUUUGGGUCAUCCACAUGCAUGGAGGCGUGUUUGGGUCAUCCCCAUGCAUGGAGGCGUGUUUGGGUCAUCCACAUGCAUGGAGGCGUGUUUGGGUCAUCCCCAUGCAUGGAGGCGUGUUUGGGUCAUCCACAUGCAUGGAGGCGUGUUUGGGUCAUCCCCAUGCAUGGAGGCGUGUUUGGGUCAUCCACAUGCAUGGAGGCGUGUUUGGGUCAUCCACAUGCAUGGAGGCGUGUUUGGGUCAUCCCCAUGCAUGGAGGCGUGUUUGGGUCAUCCCCAUGCAUGGAGGCGUGUUUGGGUCAUCCCCAUGCAUGGAGGCGUGUUUGGGUCAUCCACAUGCAUGGAGGCGUGUUUGGGUCAUCCACAUGCAUGGAGGCGUGUUUGGGUCAUCCACAUGCAUGGAGGCGUGUUUGGGUCAUCCCCAUGCAUGGAGGCGUGUUUGGGUCAUCCACAUGCAUGGAGGCGUGUUUGGGUCAUCCACAUGCAUGGAGGCGUGUUUGGGUCAUCCACAUGCAUGGAGGCGUGUUUGGGUCAUCCACAUGCAUGGAGGCGUGUUUGGGUCAUCCCCAUGCAUGGAGGCGUGUUUGGGUCAUCCCCAUGCAUGGAGGCGUGUUUGGGUCAUCCACAUGCAUGGAGGCGUGUUUGGGUCAUCCACAUGCAUGGAGGCGUGUUUGGGUCAUCCACAUGCAUGGAGGCGUGUUUGGGUCAUCCCCAUGCAUGGAGGCGUGUUUGGGUCAUCCACAUGCAUGGAGGCGUGUUUGGGUCAUCCACAUGCAUGGAGGCGUGUUUGGGUCAUCCACAUGCAUGGAGGCGUGUUUGGGUCAUCCACAUGCAUGGAGGCGUGUUUGGGUCAUCCCCAUGCAUGGAGGCGUGUUUGGGUCAUCCCCAUGCAUGGAGGCGUGUUUGGGUCAUCCACAUGCAUGGAGGCGUGUUUGGGUCAUCCCCAUGCAUGGAGGCGUGUUUGGGUCAUCCCCAUGCAUGGAGGCGUGUUUGGGUCAUCCCCAUGCAUGGAGGCGUGUUUGGGUCAUCCCCAUGCAUGGAGGCGUGUUUGGGUCAUCCCCAUGCAUGGAGGCGUGUUUGGGUCAUCCCCAUGCAUGGAGGCGUGUUUGGGUCAUCCCCAUGCAUGGAGGCGUGUUUGGGUCAUCCCCAUGCAUGGAGGCGUGUUUGGGUCAUCCCCAUGCAUGGAGGCGUGUUUGGAUCGGACUGUGCCUUUUCGUCACACUACCCGUACCUGCAAGCCCUGCUGACGGAGGAGCUACCGUCACGCUUCCUGCGGCCCAACAGCAAGGUGGUGGAUCUGCUCAAGGACCGCCCGCUGCCACCCGACCCCGACCAGCGCGAGUUCCGCGAGGGGCAGGUGGCGGGCGGCACACUGGGCUUCGCGGGGGAGCUGCAAGUGACGGUCAUUGCCGCCCAGCGCGUCAUCAACCUGCCCCUCGGUGACAGCGACCCGUACGUGGUGUUGGAGUUGGGGCAGCAGGUGGCGCGCAGCAAGCGCAACAGCGAGACGUCGCUGGUGGGCCCGGCGGGGUACCCCAUAUGGAACCAAGACUUCGUGCUGCUAGUGCUCGACCCCUCCCUGCAGCGCCUCUCCGUGAAGCUGCGUGGGUCGCUGGGGCUCUUCUACGUUGACUUUGGGCACGGCUCGGUGCGCCUGGAUUCCCUACAGGACACGGUGCCAACGGACGUGUGGGUACCGCUGCGCCUGCGGCUGCCGGUGGGGCGGAAGGCAUGUGGGCGGGUGAAGAUGCGGCUCACGUACAAGGCAUUCGUGGCGGAGGACGACCAGCAGGACGUUGAGACGUUCGACCAGCCCUACACCGAGGCUGACAGCGACGGUGAGGGCGCUGACGCACUCGCUACCAUUUCCCGCCUUCGGAAGUUUGUUGCUGACGUGGCGGACUCUGCUGCUCCGCCUGAGCUGAUUAGGAUCCUGGAGAAUGUGAGGGUGGGCGAGAUCCCACGUGUCGUUGACCUGGAGCGACUCAGCAGUGACGUGGCAAAGCUGUCUGACCUGGCGCGUGCGCUCGAGGUGGCGUUGUUCAAGGACGUCAACCGAUUGGCGGAGCUCCCGAGGCUGUCAGAUCUUCCCAAGAUGAAGGAGUUCUCUGUGCUUGCUGAGCUGGCGAGCCUCCGCGCUGACAUCGAACGGCUGGCGCAGGCGGCUCGUGCGCUGGAGCUGGGUGCUGAGCUGGAGAAACGUGUGAAGGUGGAUCUGUCGCGCAUCGAUCUGGACCUGUCGUCCGUUGAUCUGCCCAAGUGGGACGAGUGGAUGGCUGUGCCGCGCCGUGCGCUGCCCCAGCCCAAGGACCUGGUGGAGCGAUACCGGCUGCUGCUGCCCGAUGCUGAGGCUCGGCGACGACAGCGGGAGCGAGAGGCGAGUGAGGAGAGAGGGGAGGAGGAGGAGGGCAAUGAUGAUGAUUUGGAUGGUGGGAAAGGGGGUAAGGGACAGGGGAGUGGGGAGGGGAGAGGAUGGUGGAGGAAUUGGAGAAGUAGAAGGGGGGGUGUGGAAAGGAAGAGCGGGCGGGGAAGUGCUCCAAGAGUGGUGGGGCGAGGUGGUGAGGUGGGGCGAGGGAAGAGGGGAAGAGUGGAAGUGGAAGGAGGGAAGCGGGACAGAGGGGAUGGAGAAGAGGCAGCGAGAGAAGGGAAGUUAGGUGGAGAAGGGAAGUUAGGUGGAGAAGGGAAGUUAGGUGGAGAAGGGAAGUUCGGUGGAGAAGGGAAGUUAGGUGGAGAAGGGAAGUUAGGUGGAGAAGGGAAGUUAGGUGGAGAAGGGAAGUUAGGUGGAGAAGGGAAGUUAGGUGGAGAAGGGAAGUUAGGUGGAGAAGGGAAGUUAGGUGGAGAAGGGAAGUUAGGUGGAGAAGGAGGGGGAGAAGCAGGGGGAGGGGAGCGGCCACCUGAGGGAAGGAAGAAGAUACGACGGGUGACGCCAGCAGCGGUGGUGGAGGGGGGGGACAGGAGUGCCGUAGCAAGGAGAGGGGAUGAGGGGAAGCGGGCGGAGGGGGUGGAGGGGGCGUUUGAAUGGAGGGAGGCACUGCGGGUGUUUGAGGACGUGUGGGGCAUGAUGGACGGCUCCCCCUCCAUGCAGCCGGGGUCGCUCUCGGGCAGACACAGCUCCUCCGUGCCCGAUGCCCCGCUGUGGAAUGGGCAGGCGCGCUCACACGCCCCGCCUCCCAUGCCCGGUGCUGAUGCGCGCAGCGGGAGUGCUGGGACAGCGCAGGGGAGGGCCGGCAUAGGCGGGGAGGGGGGGCGGCGACUGGCAGUAGCAGGCAACGUGAGAGGGACUGCGGAGGGGGAGGGAGGGGUUGGAGAGGGACGGGAUGGGAAUGGGAAGGCAGCAGUGAGUGAGGAGAGGUUUGAGAGGGGUGAGAUGGAAGGGGAAGGGAAGAGAGAGGGAGACAGCGGGGUGAGCGGGAAUGGCAGUGUGGCAGAGAAAUUGAUCCGUGCUGAUGUGGAUGGGGAGGCUGCCAGCAUUGCAGCACGUGAAGCUGGGUCAGCAGCAGCGGCCAUGGCAGGACGAGGCAAGGGGUGGGUCUCGCCGUCCCUGCUGUCUGCUGGUGGUGGGGCUCCUGGUGGGCGCGGCACCUGGCAUAGGGAUGGUGACAGGGGGGGGAACGGAGAUGAGCAGAAUGCAGGAGGGCAACGUGGGAGUCGUGCUGUGCGCGGCCCUGUCGUGGUGUCACUUGGCCCUCCGCCCGCCACCCACCAGGUGCUGGCCUGCAUGGUUCCCGUGCGGCAGCUGUGCGUUGGCAUCACUGCCAAGCCGUCAAUCAUCCCUUUCAGUGACAAGGACCCUCCAGUGCUGCUGGCUGAUCGCACGGCCCUCUGCUGUGCUCUGCUGCACGCGCUUGUGGGGGAGGCUGAGCACGCAGGGAUCCAAACUGGGGAUUACGGGGAGGAUGAGGGGGAGAAAAAUGGGGAACGGCCAGUGGGGGAUAACGGGGAGAGUAAAGAGGAGAUGUGUGCGAGGGGAUGCAGGGAGAGUGUGGAUAGCAUGGACGGCUCAGGAGAUAGUGCGGUGACGCACGGCGACGGGUCAUCACGGGGAGAGUUGGAGGUGUACUUCAACACGCGGUGCACAGGCAUCGACACCACGGCACACACUGUGACCCUGCUGCCCACCCAGCACCUGCAGCAGCACGCGCCAGCCCAGCUCAGCUAUGACCUCCUGGUGGGGGCGGACGGGGUGCGCUCCAUGGUCCGGAGCAUGCUAAUGAGCAGCACGAGGGAGUUCGCCAUCGAGGCGCUGCCCCUCUUUGGGGAGUGGGCUGUUGCCUCCAUCCCUGCCCCCGCCUCCCUUCCCCCCAACUCCAUGAUUCUUGUUCCAAGGGUUCCCCGCACUCCUGGCAUAUCGGUGGUGGGGCUCCCAGCACAGGGCGGCAAGCUUUGUCUCUUGUGGACGUGGUCGGCGUUGGCACGGCCCGCUGAGUGGUUGGCGCUGAGAAGCAAUGAUGCGGACAGGGAGGACCAUGCGGUGGGAAGGACGGACGCAAGGAAGGAGGGGGAAAGCGUGGGUAGCAAGCAGGGUGUGACUGGUGCAACGGAGAAUGCAGCAGGUGAAGGGAGUGUGGCUGGAGGCUGUGGAAAUGCAGACAGAGCGGUUGCAGCAGAUGGGGAAGGGGCGGAAGUGAGGGAGAGGGGAGAAGAUAAGGGGGGCAGAGGAAGGGGCGGAGACACUGUUGAACCAGCAGCCACGCACAAGCAUGAGGAUCAAGUGCUGGCAGUAUCACGACUCUGCCGCCCAAAUCGCUCUAAUCGGCGACUCAGCACACGCCACCACUUGCGCUCACACCUUGCUGUCAUGCUCGCUUGCUACUCUGCUCUUCAGGUGCCGGAAGGCCAUGCCCUGGUUGACCUUUCAGAUGCCGGUGCACCCAUCAGCAACCUCUACUCUGUGCUGUCAGCGAUUGACAUGAUUCUUCGUUCGAUCCUUUCCAAGCUGCUGCCUGCAUGGGUUGUGUCACCUCCCAUCCAAACCAGCGCACUCGGACCAUCCGCCUCUUCCCCCAUCUUCCCGCGAGCCGUGCGACUUUCUUCCGCAAACCACAUCCGCGGCAUGGCGUCCGAUAAGAAAG